AGGGAGGGAGGGUGACAGAGGAAGAGAAGAGGAGGGAGAGAGACUACUGCAGCAUCGCUGGAGACUGGAGGUAGCAGCCGUCCCGAACAGCGCAGGUGAGAAGAGAGGCGAAAAGAAAAGAAAAGAGAAGGAGGAACAGGAGGAGGCGCUGGAAUGAGAGUGAAUGCGGGACUCUUAAAGGAGGUGGGGAAGCAACAAAAAAAAAGACGCAUCUACAACUCGAUCCAUCACUAACAGAAGCAUCCCGAGCACGGACUGCGCUGGAUUACACUUCGGGACUGUAAACUGAGGCAUCGUUUGCCUCUUCUGUCUAAAAACAAAGACGUCAAAGUCGCUUUUAAGAGACUCCUGUCCACUUACAACUUGAGUAAAGGAAUCUGGCUGCUUGGCACGUUGCUCCACUGCGGGAAAAAGAGGGAAGCGCAGCUGGAUAAUAGGGUAAAAAGUGGUGCUGCAUUGCAGUUUCUAACUGAAAAAACGUGAGAAAAAAAGAGCUGCUGUCCCAAAUGUGACUGGAAUAAAAAAAGAACUUCCAAAUGGCAUUGUGAACCAACGAGCGUGUCUGUGACAGCAUUGCACUCUGGGGAGAAGAUGAAAAGUAGCGUGGAUUAAUCACAGGUUCAUGAAUUAGUUUUUACGCGUUUCCUUUCCUCCGCAGCGUGAUGGAUUUCUUUGCGUCGUUAUGGCGUGAACUAUAGCAAAGGCUGCAGAAUUAUUUUUGGUAGAAGUUGAAACAGAGAGAGUAGGAGGAGAGUAAAAAAAGAAAGAAAGAAAGAAAAGGAAGGAUCCCGCUCUGCUGAGUACAGAAGCUGUUCCCCGGACCUCAGGCGGCAGUCCGCAGAGAGCGAUCCAGAGAAAUAAAUCAAACACCCACGCUGUGAGGCACCUCCGACCACAAGACAACAAUAAAUAACAGACAAAGCCACAACUGGAAAGCUGGAGGUGUGAGGAGAGGUGAGGGGAAGAAGGAGCCAUGCAGAGGCUUGGUGCAGUGCACUCCUCCGCGGCGCAGGCUCUCCGCCUCGUGGUCUUGUUGCUGCAGUUGCUGACUCAGCUGCCGGUUGCCGACUCAGCUCUCCGGUACCGGGUGGCGGAGGAGGGCCCGCCAGAUGUAAAAAUCGGAAACGUGGCGGUGGACCUGGGACUCAAAGCAGGCACGGGCAGCGAGGAUGUCACCUUUGCCCUGGAGAGCGGCUCAGAGUACUUCAAAAUUGACAAUGUGACAGGUGAGCUGACCACAGGCCCCCGGCGCAUCGACAGGGAGAAGCUCCCCCAGUGUCAGAUGAUAUUUGAUGAAAAUGAGUGUUUCCUGGACUUUGAAGUGUCAGUCAUCGGACCCCUGCAGAGCUGGGUCGACUUGCUGGAAGGCAGAGUUGUCAUAACAGACAUCAACGACAACACACCUUCCUUCUCCUCACCUGUCCUGCAGCUCUCAGUUGAGGAAAAUCGCCCAAUUGGAACGCUCUACCUGCUCCCCACUGCAACAGACAGGGACUUUGGACGAAAUGGCAUUGACAGAUAUGAGCUUGUCCAGGAUAAUGGAGCGGGGUCGAGUGCAGCGAAACGCACAGCAGGAGGAAACCCCAUUACUAGAGUGGAUGGACUUGACCGGAGGGGCAGAAGUGGAGAUAAUGGAGGAGGAGCUAGAAGCAGUGUGUUUGAGUUGCAAGUGGCAGAUAUCCCAGAUGGUGAGAAGCAACCACAGCUCAUUGUGAAGGGCAUACUAGAUCGAGAGCAGAAAGACUCUUACGAGCUCAUACUCAGGGUUAGAGAUGGAGGGAACCCUCCACGUUCCUCCCAAGCUCUGCUCCGUGUUUCCAUCACUGAUGUCAAUGACAAUGGCCCUCAGUUUGAGAGGUCUACUUAUGAAGCAGAGAUCACUGAAAAUGCCCCUCCAGGUACGCCUGUGCUUCAGGUCAGAGCUUCAGAUCGCGACAUUGGGGUCAACGGGCAGGUGGAGUACGUCUUUGGAGCCGCCACUGAAUCUGUCAGGCGGCUCCUGAGACUGGACGAGGCAACCGGGUGGUUGAGCGUUCUACACAGGAUUGAUAGAGAAGACGUGACCCAACUUAGAUUCACAGUCACAGCCAGGGACCGGGGCCAACCUCCCCGGACUGACCGCACCACUGUAGUUUUGUCCGUCCGAGAUGAAAAUGAUAACGUCCCAGUUGUAGAUAUAAGAAAGAUUGGACGGAUCCUCGUUCGAGAUGGAGCGGCUUUGGUCCCAGAGAAUGUUCUGGUGGACACACCUGUGGCACUGGUUCAAGUUUCGGAUCGAGACCAAGGAGAGAAUGGGGCGGUGACUUGCACAGUUGUAGGAGAUGUUCCAUUCACACUGAAACCAGCAGGAGAGACAGUCCUCCCACCCCUGCCUGCUGAUGAAGCUUUGGACAAGAACAAGAAAAAAUACUUCUUGCAUACAUCAGCUUUGCUGGACUACGAGGCUACGAAAGAGUACAGCGUAACAAUUGUGGCGGUAGAUUCUGGGAGCCCCAGUCUGUCCAGUAACAGUUCACUAAUGGUGCGAGUGGUUGACAUCAACGAUCAUGCCCCAGCUUUUGCCCAGAGCAUCGUGGAGGUCCACUUUGCAGAGAACAAUUCACCUGGUGAAAGGGUGGUCACCGUUGUUGCUACAGAUGCAGAUAGUGGCAAGAAUGCUGAAGUGGUUUACAUUCUGGAUCCUGCUUCUAAUGGCCCAUUCUACAUAGAUGCAGACAAUGGAGAUAUUCGUGCUACAGAGGUCCUGGAUCGUGAGCAGCGAGAUAGGUAUGAACUAAGAGUUAUUGCAAAGGACAAAGGUAUCCCUCCUUUGCAGGGGUCUGCAACUGUUGUUGUCCAGGUGACAGAUCGCAAUGACAACGCACCAAAGUUUGUUCAAGAAAUCUUUACAUUCUAUGUCAAAGAGAACCUGCUAGCCAACAGCCCGGUUGGUAUGGUCACUGUGACUGACGCUGAUGAAGGUGAGAAUGCAGAGCUUAGUUUGUUUAUAGAGAUGGAUGGAGCCGACACAAAGAAGGUGGAAGGGGGAGACGGCGAGAAAGAAGAAUUGUUUUCUAUAGAGAACAACACUGGAACGAUCUUUUCUUCUGCAUCAUUUGACCGUGAAAAACUUUCCACUUACACCUUUCGAGUUCGAGCCGUGGACGGAGGAGAGCCCCGCAAAACAGCCACAGCCACAGUCUCCCUUUUUGUGACAGAUGAAAAUGAUAAUGCUCCUGAAAUCACUUCUCCUGCCAACGAAUCCUACACCCUCUUACCACCCGCCAGCAGCGCUCGCACCAUUGUCAGAACUGUGACAGCCACCGACCUAGAUUCAGGCCAAAAUGCUGACCUUCGCUAUGCUUUAGUAGGAGGAAAUCCCUUCAGACUGUUUGAGAUUGGAAACACCAAUGGGGUGAUCACACUGGCAGAGCCUUUGGAGCGGCGCCACAAAGGUCUACAUCGUCUGGUGGUUCGAGUUAAUGAUAGCGGGAUCCCCUCUCUCUGUGCCACAACCCUGGUGCACGUCUUCAUAAAUGAGAGCUUGGCAAAUGCAACCUUGGUGGAUGCACAGGUGGCAAGAAGCCUGAUGGCUCCACUGACAUUGGACAUUGCAGGGGACCCAGACAGUGAGCGGGCACUGGGAAAACAGCCCCUCAGUGUAGCCAUUGGUGUCCUGGCAGGAGCUGCGGCAGUCAUCCUGGUCAUACUUCUUGUGGUCACCGCAAGACAAUGUGGUGCUCAAGGCAAGAACGGCUAUGAAGCUGGUAAGAAGGAACCUGAAGAAGAUUUCUUCAGUCCUUCAGGGGCUCAGCCACAGGCUAGCAGAGGUGGAGGGUCAGAUCGAGGACGUAAACCUCGGCGGGACAAGCGCAGUGGAGGUAGUGUUGCGGCUGGAGGAGGAACAAAGUCUGACAGAUCGCAUUAUAGUGGUAUCGUCACCGUCAAUGGCCUCCGACACCAUGUCAAUGACGAUGACGAGGAGGAUUUGAGCAGCGCAAGUGAGCGUUUGGCAGCCCGUUACUGCACCGUGGAUGGUGACCCAGGCAGCCCACGCAUGGGUGGAGGCAGGAGACACCAGUCUAGCCCAGAUUUUGCCAGGCACUACAAAUCCAGCUCACCUCUUCCAGCUGUGAAUCUACAGCCCCACUCGCCCCCAGCGGAAGGAAAGAAGCACCAAGCAGUUCAGGAGCUGCCUCCGUCCAACACCUUCGUGGGCAGUGGUGGAUGUGUGGGAAGCGCCGGCUCAAGCAGCAGCAGCAGUGGUGCUAGUGGCAAUGCAGAUGCCAUGUCCCUAGGAUCAGACCAGUGCUCCGAGUAUGGGUGCCAGACUGGAAACAAGUACAGCAAGCAGGGAACCCUUCGUCGGGUGACUUUCUCGGUUGUGACCCAACCUCAAGAUGGGGGUUGCUAUGACAGCGGGCUGGAGGAUUCGGAAACGCCGAGCAGCAAGAGUUCGUCUGGGCCGCGGCUGGGAGCCUUGCCUUUACCUGAGGAAGGUUACGAGCGAACCACACCGGAGGGCAGUGUGGGGGAAGAGGAGCACGUAGAGAACGAUGCCAGACAGCUUCCUGACGUAGCUCUGACAGGAAAGUGCACCAGGGAGUGUGAUGAAUUUGGCCACUCAGACACUUGCUGGAUGCCUGUCCGCCCUUCGCCGCGGCAGCGCCAACGCCACGGCAGCGACCCCCUCGGCUGUCAACCUUUGCCCCGGGGGAUGACAACAACAAUCUCCGCGGUAACAACCAUGAAAGCGACAGCGAGAGUGCCGGCAGUGCAGGGAGCUCAGAACCUGGUGUGGUUGUCAGCGGGGAGGGUCAGAGGCUACCUUUAGCCAACGGGGAUCCUCUCGGCACUCUGGGUCGCGGAGACCGUAACAGGAACAUGGGGGAUCACAAUCGCAACCUCCUGAACCGCAAGAUGACCUCUGCAUCCUACGACACGUUUAGCAGUGCGGGGCUCGGAAGGCGCCAACCCGAGGAGGAGGGAGGAGAAGGCCAGAAACCAGCCGAGGUCAUACCACUGACGCGGACAGGAGGGGAUUACAAGACAACAUCGUGCCUCACCUUAUCACGCCGUGAGGUCUACCUGUGACAGCCCUGAUGUGCAGCAGUCCACGCCACUCUUUUUUUUUCUUUUUUUUCAAGAGUUCAACUGAGCUGAAAGUCUUAAAUGUGGUUUCCAAAAGCCUUUAAAAAAACUCAGAUUUUGGAGUCUAACAGUUAUAGUUACUUAAACUCAAGUCUUGACCAGCUCUUUGGGGAAAAAAAAACAAAAGGUUUUUAAUGACUACUCCAAGCUACCUAGAGGUGAAGAUGGUACUUGUAAGAGGAAAAUCUGUCUCUCCUUUUUAAAUGGAAUCUGAUGCAUGCUUGAUCCUUCCACCACAGACAGAUUUGUGUGAAAAAGACUAAAUCCGACUAAGAAUCAAUGCUUCAGCAGGUCAGAGUGGCCCUGGACGCAGAUCAUAUCCUGUCAAAAGAUGGGCUCCUUUGAAUCCAGCUGAAAUCAAUCAGACUUUGUAAGAAUUUAACACUUGUAUGCUAACAUGGGUGUGAGAAAUAUUAACCAGUUUCACACGAAUCUUGUCUUAAACUAUAGAGAAUGCUCAAACAUACUUUUACACCAGGAUCCAAUGUUAGUAUUUAAAACACAGAGUUCUCAUAAGGUGUCAUUAGUGCCACACGUGUGAAAAAGGGGCGUUUAUAAUUUUCCUCAACACCCAGCGUGUAUGUAUAUAUGGUAUGUGUGUAUUUGAUAUACAGAAAAAAAAAAUAGGUAAAAAUGCAGGGCUCCUUUCUGAUGCCCUCUGCUAAUAGAGGUAGAGUUCAUUACACACUCAGUGUCCUGACAAGUGCUUAUGUACGACGAUUGUCCCCUCACACACAGAUGCACACACAAGCAUGCAAACACUCUUAUACAAACAUAAAGCAUGUAAGCUUCAUCCGCCACAGUGGAUUUAAACAAUGUGAAGAUGCGUAGGGCCACCGUUUGUGUGAAGACUUAAGUGGCUGUGUACCAUUAAGUAUUUAAUAACCAGCUCUCACUAUCAUACAGAAAAAUAAUACACACACACACACACAGACAGCAUUUUAAGCUGAAACACACAAAAAUGUACGAACAACUUGGUUCAUGUGUGCUUUAAUCAUGGUUUUUCUUUUUAACAUUGCCUCUAGCUGUUAGCCUUUCUGCCUGCUCCGCUCCAGCCAGUAUUUAUACAUGAAAUGUAUUUAAAAUAAUCACUCAUCUCUGGGUAAUGUGUGAAGCUGCAUUUGAGGGAAUCUCAUUGACAUCUACUGUAGGUAAUGAUAGAAAUUGUUAAAGGAGUUGAUACUCCACAUACAUGUAAGUAGGACUCUUUAAAAACCAAAUUGUUGUAGUGUUUGUAUGUUAAAAAAAAAUGGGCAGGAAAUAGACUGCAUGACAGAAAGAUGAUGCAAACUUUUAUUUAUUAUUUUAAUUUUUUUUUUUUUUGUUAUUCGCACUGGGGAGCGUUAAACACCGACAGUGGUGGUGCAUAUUAGAAGUUUUAGCUCUUUUGUCAGCUUUCACAGCCCAGAAGUGGGUAAAAAGUGUGGUGGCGAUAAGGGGGAGUCGUGCAUUGAAUCAGGAUAGCUGCCCAUUGAGCUGCACAGUGCUGAUCCAAGCGCACCCGUAACUGCUGCGCCGAGCUGCGCAGAUCACUCCUUCGUGUCUGUCCUUCCCAUCAGCUACCACACGACUUCCGACACACUCUGCUGCACUGGGCCGAAGGGUGGGUGUGGAUCCAGGCCAGCACAUCUUAAUUCCCAUCAUCAGUGUGUGUGGCUCAGUGGUGUGAUAGGGAUAAUAGGGUUAGGUUGUCCCUGUGGUCUUAAUGAGUUUCCUUUCUCCUCUUCUUCUCUGCUCCUGAUCUGCACUGAUCUCAUUAAUGUCUGCAUAGGCUGGUGCAACACUGCUGGAAACUGCCAGUAAGUAUGCCUCUUCAUUUCUUUUUUUUUAUUGCUUGUUUUCUUGGAUCAGACCAGACUGAGGAGACAUCCUUGUUAAGGAAGUCAGGAGGGAAAAAAGAGCAGCACUCAGCUCAGGUGUGCAACACACUUAACCUAGCAGCUCGACUGACAGGAGUCUUCAUUUCUAAAAUGGGAGAAAGUUGUGACAUUUUACCAUUCAAUGGGUUAUAAAGCUGGGAGAGUAUCUGUGUAUGUAAUUAGACUUUGUAAACCUGUAUAUAAGUUCGGCUUUACUACUCUGUCAACACUGUUAAGCUUUGAGCUAUGAUGUAUUUAUUCCCUUGCCUUCAUAACCCCCUCCAAUCCCCCCUCCAACGAUGGCUGUUUACACAGCUAUGGCUCUGAUGAACUAUGACGAGGCGUACUAAAGUUCAAAACUUGGAAUUUCUCUGUUGAUAAGACACUUUGGGGCAGCCCACUGGAUUUGGUACAUAUCUCGGGAGACAGAAAGGCAUGUGGCCCUUCCCUGGAACAAAGAGACGUAUCAGUUGUGAAAGGAUGUGAAGGAACCAGUUUCUGGAAAGAGACUCUUGAUGCAGCCCUGCCUCUACAUAGCGGCACAUAUUUCACAUAAACUGCUGUUUUAUGGCAGGUCCACUGUUGCACCUUUUAAACCCUCGAAUUUGAAUUGAAGGGAAACUUGUAAAUGAAUCUGUGUGGGUGUGUCCUUUUUAUACUGCACGUUUCAGCAUCAGUAUGUUUUAGUCUAAAACAAAGAGGGUAGAUGGACAGAAGAGAGGGGGGUGGGUCACGCCCGAGUCCAUUCACCCGCUAAAGGAGACAUUUUUUUAGGAGGGUUUUGGUGGAAAAUCCCUAAAGUCCGUCCUGUAUCCGCCCCCUUUGACUCGUCGUCCUCGCCAUGUACAGAUCAAACUACAGAGUAGAACAGGCAACUGGAAACAGACAAGCAUGCUUAAGGUUAAAAUCUGCACUUAGAAAAACACAGGAUUGAAAUAAAUGUUUUUAUUUUUUAUUUGAUGCUUAAGGGACUCGUCUGUGUUUCUCUUUUUCCCUUUUUGUUUGUUAUUCCCCCCCUCCUGUAAUUACAUUAUGAACUAAUUACAUUUGCUAUGUGGAGGGAGAUGGGGAGCUCUCAACAAAUGGUUUGGUUUGACAAUGAAUCAUGUAAAAGUUUGACUUUGCCAUUAAAAGCUUAAAAUGUU